CAACAGCACACAGCAGACUGUGCAGAAAGCUAUGGACUACUCUCUGGAGGUCAUUCAGCGCAAGGAGGGCCUCCUGCGGGCCUUGAGGGGCAUCCAGGCCAAAGCCGAGGGCACCCUGCAGCGCGCCGCCCCCCUGCUCAGCCUCCAGAGGGGCAUGGGCAUGGUGACCCAGGAGGAGGUGCACCAGCUCAGCCAGAGCGCCGCCGGGCUGUGCCGGCAGCUGGACAACCUGGAGAUCCGGCUCGGGCUGCGGCAGAACGUGCCGGCGGGCCGGCUGGCGGGGGGGCCGGCGUCCCCCUGGGCCGUCCACGUGGCGGCGGACGGGACGGCGUACGUGAGCAGCAGGGAGGAGGCCCGCAUCAGCGUCGUGACGGGCGGGGGGAGGCGCGUGAGGGAGCUGGGGUGCGCCACCCGGGAGGGGCUCUUCCUGCCGGAGGACGUCACCCUGACCCGGGCCGGGAUGGUGGCAGCUGUCGACCUCCCCGGGGGGAAGGUGAGGGUCUUCAACCCGCACUCCAGAUCCGGCCGGGGGGAGUGGGUCAGCCUGGGAGACUUCGCCUCCCCCAGGGGGGUGGCCGUGGACGCUUUCGGGAGGCUGCUGGUCGCCGACUACCAGCCGGGGAAGGUGCACGUAUUCGGAGUGGGCCCGAGCCUCAGGCUCCUGAGCGUCCGCUCCGUGACGGGGCUGUCCGGCCCUCGCCACGUCUGCGGCACCCCCGACGGGGGCUUCGCGGUCAGCGAGGAGUGCGGCGGCGUGAAGCUCUACGGCCCCCGGCACCGGCUCCUCCGCUCUCUCGGCGAGACGCCCGCCUUCCGUCUCGGGAACCCGGCCGGCGUGGCCGUGGACCCGGGGGGGAACGUGCUGGUGGCGGACGAGCAGGAGCGCAGCGUGGUUCUCUUCCCCCCCCGCGGAGAGCCGGUCGCCGUGGUGACCGAGGGCCUGCGGAAGCCGGCCGGCCUGGCCUGCUGUGAGCGGGGGCGGGUCUACGUGGCUGACCCCCCCGACGGCUGCGUCAAAGUGUUCUGUUACCGGGGCGACCGACACUAG